AUGGGGCCUGUGCUUAUUGUGGGCGCCGGCAUUGUCGGUCUGACACUGGGCCAAGCCUUGAAGCAGAAGAACAUCCCUUUUGAAAUAUACGAGCGCGAUGCAACCCCUGAAGCGCGCGGUCAGGGGUGGGCCAUCACCUUACACUGGGCCCUGGAGUACAUGCUCAAGAUGUUGCCAGAAGAAACCCUGGCGCGUAUCCAAGACGUCCAAGUUGAUCCAGACGUCGCACGCAACGACAGCGGCAAUUUUCUGUUCAUCAACCUCGAGACCGGACAACCGAAGUUCAAAAUUCCCCCUAAUCGCCGAUGGCGUGUGAAUCGGGAAAAGACGCGUCGAGCUUUGCUUCAUGGUAUCGAGGAUCAUGUUCAUUGGGGACGCCGCGUGAUGGGUCUGAAUAUGCCGGAAACAGAUCGAGUACAAUUAUUAUUCGAUGAUCACUCCACUGUAACAGGGAGCCUUGUUGUUGGUAUCGAUGGCAGUCGCUCCAUGGUGCGACAAAUUCUCCGACCAGAUGCCUUCGAAAAUGUACCUCUUGGGAUCAAUUUCACAGGAGUCGCUGUGGAUUUUACCCCAGAGGAGAUCAGACCAUUGAAAGAGAUGGACCCAUUACUCUUUCAAGGAUGCUAUCCACCCACUGGGACCUUCUUCUGGUUCUCGAUGCUGGAGACACCACAGGUCAACGGAACGGUAGCAACCAAGAACGAACGAUACCGAGCGCAGAUUUGUAUGUCAUGGUCAGAGAGAGGGCCGGAGGACAAAGUAGCAACUACCGACGAGGAUCGCCUCGCAAACAUGAAGCAGCGAGCGCAAGGAUUUGUGCCAUUCCUUCAACGGGCAGUCGAUCGGAUUCCGGUCGGAACACCAGUCACGGAGAUCAAGCUCGCAGAUUGGGAGUGCCUUGGUUGGGACAAUCAGGGGGGCCGAGUUACUCUGGCAGGAGAUGCGGCCCACGCCAUGACUAUGUAUCGUGGAGAGGCCGCGAAUCAUGGUCUGCUGGAUGCCUAUCGUCUGAUGGAGGCAAUUGAACAAAUAUAUAAUGGCGGAGCUAUCGCGUCCGUGGCGAUCGACCAUUACGAAAAAGAAAUGAGAGAUCGAACAAGCCAUGCAGUUCGGCUAAGCCGCCAGGCAUGUCGAGACGCGCAUGACUGGGGCCGACUAGAUGAGACAUCAGCCAUACUGACCAAGAGAGCUAUAUUUGUUAAGUGA